GGCACGCCCCUUGCUAUGCUAGCCGCCCAGUGCAACAAGAUAACCAGCAAGUCUCCGCCCCCAUUUAGCGAUUCGCCGACCUUGAAAGGUGGCUUCCACCCUUGGAGAAAGGCGGAGCCUUCGAGCCCGAGCCCUUGUGCCGUCAGUGGCGGAUCCAACAACCAGAAGACGAACCUGACGUCGUCACAAGCAAACUCCUACCUGGGGUACGGGCGCUCCGUCACGUCCAUGGCGUCAUCGGGGGGCGGGUCCAUUUAUGCUAAUGAUUUAUUCUCGACGUCAUCGCCCGGUGGAGGCGGAUCCUAUGGGAAUGAUGGCUCACAAUCUCCGGUUCAACACAAGGUACAACAACCCUUUAUUUGCACUGUCAUUCAAAGUCGGCUUCAAGAAAUGGGUUCCCUGGCGCGAAUUCCUUUCAUAACACCCCCCCCCACGCCCCCAGGAAAUAAGGACCCUGGCAUGGAUUCAUUUCGUAAACCCCCCUCCUUACUCUGAAAAACAGGAGUUUUCAAAACCGUUGAGUACUGAGUACUGAGUACUGAGUACUUUGACAAAAGUGCCUUAUGGGUUUUAUUUUAUUAAUGUCUUUAUGAGAGGACGUGUAAAUAUUAUCAUAUAUAUAAUUAUAUGUUACUACAGUUACUCCACCAUCCAAUAUGUACAAAUAUAUAAUAAUGUGUUACUACAGUUACUACACCUUCCCAUAUGUGCAUAUAUAAUUAAUUAUUUGAUACUGUGGUUACUACUUCUUCUCAUAUUUAAACUUAUAACUGAAUGUCAUUUAUAAUAUAUGCUGACUGUUUUUAGAUCUAAGAUGAUAUACUUAAUAAGAAUAAUCUUUAAACAUAAUCAUAAUUUAAAAUAGUAAUUAAUUAUUAGUAAUAGAAAAAUAAAUGUCUUUCCAGUUAUCAUUUCAUCAUAGUUCCUGACAUUUCCUUCUAUUUCUAACCACUAAUGUGUGGUUCUGUUCUAUUUUUCAAACCCCCCAACAGGUCCACGACUCGGCCCUGGGGAGUAUGUACACCCGUAUGCACCCUCUCACAUACGACCCUUGGCAUUUCAACCCACACGCCACGGGUCACCCGACCAUAAAGACAGAGGUGUCCUCUCCACCCACGGUCAACGGGGCCAGCACGUGGUGGGAUGUCCACCCAGGGGCGGGCUCCUGGCUCUCAGACGCCGCCUCAAGCUCCGCCGCUGCUGGUGCGGCCGCCCUCAGGUCGCAGAUCUCCCCAAACUACCCCUCGUCAGAUUUUUCCCUAAGCCACGCCCUAGGUUCCAAUGCCACCAACGCGCUGCUGUCCUCUGGUCAGCACCUCCUCCAAGACACCUACAGCACAUACAAAUCCAUGCUGACGUCACAAUCCGACCUCGGCGGAGCUGCAUCCAUGUCACCGUUUCUCGCCGCGACUAGAUCGGGAAUUUCCGGACUGCCCAGCACCAGAACGCAACGCCGCUACACAGGGCGCUCCAAUUGCGAUUGCCCCAACUGCCAGGAAGCAGACCGGCUUGGUCCGGCCGGAGAGCACCUUCGCAAGAGGAACAUCCACAGCUGCCACAUUCCGGGGUGCGGCAAGGUCUACAACAAAACGUCCCACCUUAAGGCGCACCUCCGGUGGCACACGGGGGAGAGACCUUUCGUCUGCAACUGGCUCUUCUGCGGGAAGAGAUUCACGCGAUCGGACGAGCUGCAGAGGCACCUGCGCACGCACAGCGGCGAGAAGCGAUUCGCGUGCCCCGUGUGCAACAAGCGCUUCAUGCGCAGCGACCACCUCAGCAAGCACGUCAAGACCCACAGUGAGGGGGGCGGUGGCGACGGAAGCGGAAGUGAGUCAGAGAAC